AGAAAAUGUUCAAGAAGAAAGCAGUGGUGGUUCUGGUUGAAGGAAUAGAUAAUUUUGAAGAUGAGUAUCAGGUCUUUAGGGAUAGACUUGACUGGAUUGUUAGUAAAGGGAGAAUCCAGAUUUUGGUCAGUAAAGACAGAUCGGAGAUGGAAGGUGGAUCUCUUCUAAAUUCCAUAAUGAGGAAUUCUAACGAGGCAGAGGAUGAUUUAGAGGAGUCUCAGACUCAGAAUGCUUCAAUCUUGUUACGUGAUUGGGAAAACAUUCCUGAGAUGUUCAGCUCAAGCACGUUUUUCUUGACAACAGAUCCUGAUCUAGAAGGAGUUAAUUUGAUUGAAGAUUUGGAGGAUUUUGCAGAUUAUAGGAGAGAAUUUUUAGAAAAUGAUGGAUGGAAAUUGAUGUUCGUGUAUUGUGAUGUGAGAAAAGAAGUUAAAGGAGAUAUCUGAGAGUUAUUUGGAGAUGGAAGUGAAGAAGAUUUUCUCCAAUAUAAUUUCAUAUUUUCUAAAAUUGGCAAUUGCGAGAAAAGCGACUUCUUUCCUGAAAUUGGUGAAAUUGGCACAGAAGGAUCUUUACAUUCAGAUAGUCUCAUUACAGAGGACAAAAAGGAAGAAAAUUCAUCAAUCUUGUCCUCGAUAAUCCCAAAGCAAACCUUUACUACCUAUAUGAAUAAAUAAAGUAUCUGUAGAUUACACAUCAUGUUCUCUCUUAAUUCAAUAUGAAAAAGAUAUCACUCGUAGACAAAGAAGGUUGCCUAAUGAAUUCUCAGAAGCAAAAUCUGGAGAGUUCGAAACUCUUCAAGAUGUAGUGGAUUACAUUAAGGGAAGACACUCUACCAGAUCUGUAUUUAUGGGCAAAACCUUCCUUUCAGACAACUUUAUCAUGGAAGUCGCUUUUAAACUUGGCAUUGUCGGUAAAUUUGGAGCAUAAAAC